AUGUUGCUAGUGACUAGUGAGAGAAGGGAACGGCGAGGUCCUCACUUUCUUCCCGAUCUCUUUAGUUACGGUUUGCGAGGGAAGGAGGAAAGACUAAUGGCUAAUAGAGUAGAUAAUGAGUACGAUUAUUUAUUCAAGAUCGUGUUGAUAGGGGACUCGGGUGUCGGAAAAUCCAAUAUUCUGUCGAGGUUUACGAGGAACGAAUUCUGUUUGGAGUCCAAAUCAACAAUUGGAGUUGAGUUUGCUACUAGAACUCUUCAGGUUGAUGGAAAGACAGUGAAGGCACAAAUUUGGGACACAGCAGGGCAAGAAAGGUACAGAGCGAUAACCAGUGCAUACUACAGAGGUGCAGUUGGGGCUCUUCUGGUGUACGACAUAACCAAGAGCCAAACCUUCGAUAACAUUCAGAGAUGGUUGCGUGAAUUAAGAGACCACGCAGAUUCCAACAUUGUGAUCAUGAUGGCUGGAAACAAGUCUGAUCUGAAUCAUCUCAGAGCAGUGGCUGAACAAGAUGGCCAAUCCCUCGCUGAAAAAGAAGGGCUUUCAUUUCUUGAAACAUCAGCACUUGAAGCACAUAAUGUUGAGAAAGCGUUUCAAACUGUUUUGACAGAUAUAUAUCAUAUCGUUAGCAAGAAAGCAUUAGCAGCUCAAGAAGCAUCAGGUCCUACUGCUUUACCUGGUCAAGGAACCACCAUUAAUGUCGCUGAUUCAUCUGGGAAUAAUACAAAGAGAGGUUGCUGUUCAACUUGA